GGCCUCCAGCAGUUCCUAACCCAGCACAGAGUGCUUCUGUCUGAGCUCUGGGCUGACAGCUUUUCCGGGAGAAGAGCCCUCAGAGCCUCCUUCCCUCAGAGCCUCCUUCCCUCAGAGCCUCCUCUCAGAGCCUCCUUCCCUCAGGGCCGCCUCCCCUCACCGCCCCCCUUCCCCUCACGGCGCCGGCGCUGACUGGCAGCGGGGCGGCCAUUGCCUGCGAGCUCCGCCUCACCCCGGGUUCGCUCCGCCUGCGCUGCGGGCCGGCCGGCAGGCAGACUGAGCUGUAACAAAUCCCACAUCGUGUGAAGCUGAGUGAUUCUAGGUCUGAAUUUGACAUUAAGAAGACAUGCAAGUUUGGUGUAGCAUUUGACUACCUAUGCCUCAGAAGAGGGGACGAACACCUUCCAGAAUAGCCAUGAACUCUUACUCCCAAGUCCUGUCAAUUUUUAUACUUUUUCUUCCAAGUGCACUGUUUAUUCAGCCAGCCCAGCCCAGAGUCUUGCUGGUUUCUUUUGAUGGAUUUCGAUGGGAUUACAUCUACAAAGUCCCAACUCCCAAUUUUCAUGAUGCCAUGGAGAAUGGUGUCCAUGUCAAGCAGGUCACCAACGUGUUUGUAACAAAAACCUAUCCUAACCAUUACACACUGGUGACUGGGCUCUAUGCAGAGAGCCAUGGCAUAGUUGCUAAUGAGAUGUAUGAUCCUAUUCUGAAUGCAACUUUCUCUCUGGACAAAAUGGACAUCCAGAACUCCAAGUUCUGGGAAGAAGCCAGCCCAAUAUGGAUAACAAACCAGAAGGAAGGGCAUAAAACUGGAGCUGCCAUGUGGCCUGGAACAGAUGUGAAAAUACAUGGAGUCCUUCCUACAUAUUAUAUGCCCUACAAUGAAUCUGUUUCCUUUGAAGAUAGAGUUGCAAGACUUAUUGAGUGGUUUACAUCAGAAGAACCCAUAAACUUUGGCCUCCUCUAUUGGGAACAGCCUGAUGAAAUGGGCCAUAUUCUGGGCCCAGAAAACUUACUUAUGGGAGAGAUAAUCACUGAUAUUGACAGAAAGCUGGGGUACCUUAUGACUGAACUGAAGAAGGCAAAGCUGUGGGGUGUGAUAAAUGUCAUCAUCACAAGUGAUCAUGGAAUGUCACAGUCUUCCUCAGAAAGGCUCAUUGAGCUUGAUCAGUAUGUGGACAGAGAGCUCUAUAAAGUCAUCGACCAUUCUCCUGCAGUAGCUAUUUUGCCAAAAGAAGGCAAACUGGAUGAAGUAUAUGAAGCCCUGAUCAAUGCUCAUCCCAACAUGACUGUAUAUAAAAAGGAGCAGAUUCCAGAGAGAUUACAUUACAAGCACAACAGAAAAAUCCAGCCUAUUUUAGCAGUGGCUGAUCAAGGAUGGGAAAUUGUAUUUAAUAAGUCUGAUGGUUUUCCACUUGGUAAUCACGGAUAUGACAACAGCUUGCCAGAAAUGCAUCCCAUUUUUCUGGCAUUUGGGCCUGCUUUCAGAAAGAAUGCUGCCAAAGAAGUCAUGAAUGCUACAGACUUGUACCCCUUAUUGUGCCACCUCCUUGGUAUUAACCCACUGCCAAACAAUGGGUCAUUCAGUGCUGUGAAAGAUAUACUUGCCCAAGAAGUUCCUGUAGCCUUUGGAGGAGACACUUAUGCUGCUGUUGUAGGAGUCUUCCUGGGCAGUUUGCUUGUUAUGGUUUUUCUUGCAGUUUUUAUUAAGCAUUUUAUCCUCACCCAAGCAAAUACCAUGCCCAUGCAGCAUACUGAAGCUGCCCAGCCACUGCUGCAAGGUUAAUAGCACUUUGUACUCUUUCCUGAUUGAUGCUUAAAAUAAGCUGGUGCAAAAAUGAAAAAUCAAGGAGAUCAGCACAGAUAUGUGGAGUAAAAGGAGAUGGAUGCUGAUCCACUGGAGUACAUACACACCAGGUAUGCAGAGAGAGAGCAUGUUUCUGUUUCACCUUACAACCACUUAUUCUUUCAGGGGUUGAAAAUACUCUAGGUAAACCUGGAAAACUGUGUUUAUGUGUAGACUUGUAAUGAAAAUAGACCUUGAAUACCUCAUUCUGAGCUACUUUUAGGGAAAGAACAUCAGCUGAGGUGCAGUUCACUGAUGAUUACACAGUGAUUUAAUUUCCCACUCCCUCUUUUUUUUUUUUUUUUUUUUUCUUGAGAGGUUUUUUUGAGACUCUUAAGAUUCUAACAAACCACUGAAUGUUGCUAGAUUUCCUCAAGGUUUUUCUUCCUCACCCAAGGAAGCAUUUGCAUGAUUUCCCAUUACAUAGAGGUAGCUUGGUUGAUCAAAUCCUGCUGAAACCCACGUUAUUAAGAUGGGUCAUGCAGUGCUAAGUGUCUAAGUUUAGAGUUAGGCAUAUUUCUUUAAACAUUGUGUAAAUUGUAGCCCCAAAAUAUGAAUCUAGGUGGCAUUGCCUCUAGCAGUCAGCAUUUAACUAAGUGAUUGUUUUUUCCUUAGGUAAUAGAGGUCUUUAUAAUUUUAGGUAUGAUUUUAGACAAAUGUAGGUCUUUACUUUUUCUGUUGUUUCCUCUACACUGGACUAAAUCUUCUAGGAAUUACAGGCAGCUGGCAGCUUAAAGACAUAUGCAAGCACAACACCUGUGUUUCCAUGUGGAGUCUUUGUAUUUCUGUGACAAGAGGUUCUUUCAGAGUCAGGCACACAUGUACUAGCUGGUUUCAGAGAGCUUUCAAGCAUGUCACUGGGUGAAACAUCAGAUCUGUUACUGGAGACUCUUCUCAGGUCUGAGCUGGCCUUGCUUUCCUGUAUUCUAUCUGAUAUGUCUGGCUGGACCUUAGAAUUUGGUGGAUAAGAUUAUACAUGCAAUUUAAGGAAGAGUUGUAUAAAUUUUAACCCAUAAAUCCUCUUAAAUCUGACAAACCACACUUUUAUAUGAAAAAAAAAAAAAAGGUGUAAGACUGAGGAAAGUGUCAGGGAAAAUUAUUAAUCCUGAGUCAAGAAAACCACAUAUUGCUCUGAUUCUUCUUUGUGGGGCAAUAAACCUUUGCUACUGUAGUUGUGGUUUUUUGAUGAGUUCACUUAAAUGGUAGAUGAGAAGCAGCUGACUAAGAUUUUUAUUUUAAAAAUGGUGUGAAUUGAUAAGUUGUCAGGCUUGUUGAACAGCUGAAUUUUUUUUUCCCUCCUGAUGUUAGUAUUUCUCUGCACCUUGCUUCUGAUUACAUUGCCUGAAGGAGAAAGAAACUCUCAAAAUUCAAACAGUCUGGUGUUUCUGUUAGGGUAAUUUAUUGCUUUAUCCACAGCACUCAGCAGAGGGCAAAGAUGGGAACACCUUGGCCUUGGAUGUCCCCAGUGCCAAAGCAGUGGUGUGCCAGUCUGAUGCUGCUGUUGGGAGGGUUGCUAGCAGGCAAGGAGCAAACUGACCAACUGAAGUGCAAAACUUAUUUUGCUGAACUUCAUUCCAGACUCAGUGAAUAAGAUUUGGUUGAGUUCAGAAGUGAGCUUGUUUCUUGCUGGCUCAGUGGCAUGUCAGGAGCUGUCUGGUCCUCACUGCUCCCUCCAGAAGGAAUCUGUCAGAUUCCUCCAUGAAGGAAGGGACCCCUGCUUAGCAUUGAGCUGUCUUGCAAAGAGAUGUGGAAGAUUUUUAGCUAGGUGCAGUGAAAGCCUGAUAGGGAAGGCAAUAAAAUCUUCCAGCUUCAGGUAUAUGCUCAAAGUCCAGUGGUGACAGUAGCUUUAAGAAGGCAGGAAACAAGCAGGACACCCCCUGAUCUGGGGGGUAUAUAUGAGGUCUGGUGUAAAUUACUUUCUGCUGUUACUGUCCUGUGUGCUUCCUUGUUUUCCUAGAUUGACAUUUUCUUAGGAAAACACUGAAGGAAACAUUUUCCUGCUUUAGUGGGAGAGUUGGAGGAGGUGAUCUCUGAGAAGAUCAGGGAUCUUCCUCCCAACUCUGAGAAUUCUGUGAAUCUGUGAAAACAUCUGGGUGAGGUGUGCCUGACAUUCUUGGUGUGGAGCUGAGCAGUAGAUAUGUCUGAAGUUUAAUUGGCUGAUGCCAGCUAAAGAAGAAACCAAGAGAAAACCCCUGAAAGAUAAAGAAAGAUCCCUGAAAGAUAAAAGCAGUAAUGGUGUUUCCAGUAGUUUCUAGAGAGGCUGAGGAAGUCUGAGCAGAAAACUUAAACCUCUUAAUUGUUACUAAUCAGUUCCUUAGCUACCUUCCAGAAGUGGAUGGCAGAUAGCAAAUGAAUGCAUUUAGUCCACCUUUUCUUUCUGAUUUUCAACAUAAAAAUGAACUAGUGUGUGUUUAGAGAUCUACAGGUGUGGUUAAGGGAAUAACAGUGAAAAUUGGAGGUACUACAGACAUCUGUGGCUGCUUCAGUUACACAGUUCUUACUUUGGAACAUGCUGCUUUAAUAGAAAUUCCUCUUACUGCAGUAAUUUCAUAGCAAUGCUUUUGGCAGAUGUAAACAUAACUGGACUGUAAUCUUGAAGGUGUUAAUUAAACUCCCACUUUUUAAUUGUGUCAGUGUAGUUGUAUCAUCAGCCAAAGUAACCCUUGAUUUUAAGGAGGGGGCAAAUUUGCUCAGUGUUUUUGUGAUCCUGGGACUGGGGCUCACCUGCCUGAACGUGCAAGAAGGGAAGAGCUGUGGGUUUACCCUAACAAAGGGUUUGGGAACAAGAUUAAAAAUAGAUUGGGAACACAAAGGUGAGAAUUCUUCUGUCAUUGUUCUUUAUUGCACUGUAAGGCUCUUCUUCAAGGAGGGCAAAAUGAAACCUUGUAGAAAACUGAAGGGAAUUUCUCAGCAUUUGGGUAUUUCAGUUUAGGUUGAAACAUGUUUACUUGUUGCUUAGGUGUAUUUUCAGGUACCUCUUGGCUAAUUUCCUGCUAGGAUAUUUGCCUAGCCAGUGUUGGACUGUGUUUUAACUUGUUGGGUGUAUGCUUGUAUGAAACUGAAAGCACAAAUAUGCCACUGGAGGAAAGCAUCAACUUCUGCUCUGGUGUGAUUGUGAAAUUUUUUUCAGACUACCUUUUUGGUUGGUGAAGACAUGGGUUGGGUUCCUGGGUUUAAUGAGACUGUUUAUGAUGUAUGAAUGAGUUUAUUGGAAAGUGGAUUUGAGUACACUGUAUACUACUUGGGACUUAAGCUUGAAAACUGAGAAGCUUGCAUGAUUUUGUCUUUUAUUAUUGACCUGUGAAGAGUAUUUUGAGAUGUCAAAUGUUUUGUUUGUUUCUUCCUGCUUGGUAAUGUUGAAGAUGAAAUAUAUCUUAGUGCUGUAAGUGCUAUCAAAAGCAUUGAAUGCUUCAUUUAAAAACACUUCUGGGAAAAAAACCUGAAUUGCGGAGGGACAGCUGGGGCAGAAUGGCCUUAACUCAUGUGUAUCCCAAUGAUUUUGUGUGCUCUGCCUGAUGUGUGUCUUUAUUUAAAAUAACAGGAAAUGGGAUAGAAGUUAAGAAUUUUAGGUCAAAGUUCUUCCAUGAAAGACCUCGUUUUCCACCUUAUUAGUGUAUAUGGGAACAACAGCUGUUAAAAACAGUGGUUAUGCAGGCUUUUUAUUAAAAAAAAAAGUCUUCCAGAUGUUCUUAGUAAAGAGGUGCCAUAAUGCUGUUUACUACACGAGAUCUCAA